AUGUACUAUUCAUUCUUCAUUUGUCUUAUGGCAUGUUUUUAUCUGGUUUUUAAUGUUGACAAUUUUAAAGUAAAUCGUUACGUAUUUAUGAUAACAAUGGUGAUUAUUGAGCUCGUAUCUCUCUUUUCAGUUUCAAUAAUUCUUAAAUUUCUGAGUAGUCAGAAAACAACUAUUAUUCUUUACUGGAUCGCAUCGAUUUGUUUGCUAUCCACGAUUGCUAUUCCCAAGGAAAAUGUAUAUAUGACUGUAGGACUGACAGUAAUAAUAUCUAAAUUAACUUUGAGUCCUACUUUUACAACAAAUAUGUUAUUUUCUUUAAAAUUGUUCCCAUCGAGUGUAAGAAACUCAGCUUUGGGAACUUGCUUGUUAAUGUCCCAAGCUGGAUCAAUGUCAGCGCCGUACUUGGUUGAUUUUUUGGGCAAAGUUGCUCCGUGGUCUCCAUCUGUGCUUUGUGGUGUUACACUUUUAAUUGCCGGGCUUCUGUGUUGCAUCGUUCCUACUAUGGAGAAUGAAAAGAAUAAAAUACAAGAAAAAUAUCUUCUACAAGCAAUCGAUGAAUUAGGAAAAGGUUCAAAAUUGGUUUGGAUAGCUUUUUUUCUCAGUGUUACAAAUUCAAUAGUGAUCGCAUUACACACAAUGUCGUAUAUCUUCUUAGUUGAAAUUCCUGAACAUUGGUGUCAUAUUCCAGAACUGUUAGAUGCUAACUGGACAAAUGAACAAAUACAAAAUAUUUCAGCAGUGGAUAGAUGUCUGAUGUAUGACUACAACUAUACACAUCUUGCGCACUUAGGCUAUGAAAAUGCUGGAAAACAUGUUGAAGAUUUUUUAUUUAACACUAGUCUUGUUCCUUGUUCUUCCUUCGUUUUUGACAAAAGUGAAAAAUCAACAAUCGUUAAUGAAUGGAGCUUAAUUUGUGAUCGACAAUUUUACCGAGCAAGUACUUAUUUGAUCUAUACAUUUGGAAAGCUUUUGGGUCUUGGAGGAUUGGGAGUAUUCGCUGACAAGUAUGGCAGAAAAAAAGCAUUAAUAAUAGAUGAGUCACCACGUUGGUUAAUAUCCCAAAAUCGUCUUGAUGAAGCGCAGAAAAUAAUAGAAAAGUAUCGAAAAGUAUCUAUUUCGCCAGGUCUCCUUACCGAAAGUUUACCUCUUAAAUCUCUAUCGAUUAAACAAUCUAUCGCGGCUGAAGAAAAGCGUCAAGAAAGUUGUAUGAAACGUUAUCUUGGAAAUAUAGGAAUUUUCCUCGCUGAUCCAAUAUUUAGAAAAAAAAUACUUAUUAUGUACUUUUCGUUUUUUGUUUGCUUGAUGACAAGCUUUUAUUUAGUUUUCAGUGUUGAUAAUUUUAAAGUAAAUCGAUAUGUAUUCAUGAUAGCAAUAGUAAUUAUUCAAAUAACAUCUCUUCUCUUAAUUUCGGUAAUUAUCAGAUUUAUGAGUAGUCAGAAAACAACUAUUAUCCUUUACUGGAUCGCAUCGGUUUGCUUGGUGUCAAUGAUUGCCGUUCCCAACGACAAUGUAUAUAUUAUUUUAGGAUUGACAAUAAUAUCUAAAUUUUGUUUAAGUUCUACAUUUACAACAAAUGUAUUAUUUUCUUUGAAAUUAUUCCCAUCAAGUGUAAGAAACUCAGCUUUAGGGAGCUGUUUGUUAAUGGCUCAAGUUGGAUCAAUGUCAGCGCCAUACCUAGUGGACUUUUUUGGUAAAAUUGCACCGUGGUCACCUUCUUUGCUUUGCGGUGGCGCACUAUUUAUCGCAGGGCUUCUUUGUUGUAUUGUCCCUAUACCUGGACAUUGGUGUUAUAUUCCAGAACUGUUAGAUGCUAACUGGACAAGCGAGCAAAUACAAAAUAUUUUAGCAGUAGACAAAUGCUUGAAAUAUGAUUACAAUUAUGCAUAUCUUGGGCAUUUAGGCUAUGAAAACGCUGUAAAACAUGUUGAAGACUCAAAAUUUAACACUAGUCUUGUUCCUUGUUCUUCUUUCGUUUUUGAUAAAAGUGGAAAAUCAACGAUCGUAAAUGAAUGGAGCUUGAUUUGUGAUCGAAAAUUAUACCGCGCAAAUACCUAUUUUGUAUAUUCAUUGGGAAAGCUUUUGGGUACCGGAGUUUUAGGAGUAUUCGCAGAUAAAUAUGGACGAUUGAAAGCAAUAAUAAUAGGAUUGGUUCUACAAAUGAUUGCCGUACCUUUAACUUCAAUUGUGCCAUGGUUUUCGGGGUAUAUUUUAUGUGAAUUAUUAAUUGGACUUAGUGUUUCAACAAUUUAUUCGUCGGGAUACACAAUAAUGUCGGAAAUUGCUAGUGAGAAAAAAAUGAAGAUGUUGGGAACAAUAGUAGAUAUAAACUGGUCGGUAGGAACUUGUUUGCUCAUAGUUAUCUGUUUCUAUGUAACAGACUGGCGAAACUUGCAGAUUAUAUUAUCGUUCAUAGACGAGUCACCUCGCUGGCUCAUAUCACAAUCUCGUCAUGAUGAAGCCCAAAAAAUAUUAGAAAAGUAUUGUGAAGUCGCCAUUACACCGGCUUUAAUAACAGCUAGUAUACCACUCACUUCUAUACCAAUGGAACCCUCUGUAACUAAAGAAAAAUAUCAACCAAGUUGUAUGGAGCGUUAUCUAGGAAAUAUAGGAAUUCUUUUUGCGGAUCCAACAUAUAGGAAAAAGAUACUUAUAAUGUACUUUUCGUUCUUCGUAUGUGUGAUGGUCAGCUUUUAUCUAGUUCUCAAUAUUGAUAAUUUCGAAAUAAAUCGUUACGUUUUCAUAACAGCAUCCGCAAUUACAGAAACGCUUUCUCUUCUUUUAGUUUUAUCAGAAAACGACUAUUAUUCUUUAUUGGAUCGCAUCGAUUUGUAUGCUGUCAAUGAUUAUUAUUCCCAAAGACAAUGUAUAUUUAAUUUUAGGACUGACGGUGAUAUCUAA